CCGGGCGGCCCCGGCGCAGCGGCCCGGCGCGACGAUGGGCAACGGGAUGUGCUCGCGAAAGCAGAAGCGAAUUUUCCAGACGCUGCUGCUGCUGACGGUGGUGUUCGGCUUCCUCUACGGGGCGAUGCUCUACUACGAGCUGCAGACGCAGCUGCGGAAAGCCGAGGCGGUGGCGCUCAAGUACCAGCAGCACCAGGAGUCCCUCUCCGCGCAGUUACAAGUUGUGUAUGAACACCGAUCAAGAUUAGAGAAAUCAUUGCAAAAGGAAAGACUUGAACAUAAGAAAGCAAAGGAAGAUUUUCUUGUUUACAAGUUAGAAGCACAAGAAACAUUAAAUAAAGGAAGGCAAGAUUCCAAUAGUAGAUACAGUGCAUUGAAUGUUCAACAUCAGAUGCUGAAAAGUCAACACGAGGAGCUGAAGAAACAGCACAGUGAUUUGGAAGAAGAACAUCGUAAACAAGGAGAAGACUUCAGUAGGACAUUUAAUGACCAUAAGCAGAAAUACCUGCAGCUGCAGCAAGAGAAAGAACAAGAACUUUCUAAGUUAAAAGAAACUGUGUACAAUUUGAGGGAAGAGAAUAGACAACUAAGGAAAGCACAUCAAGACAUACAUACACAGCUUCAAGAUGUCAAGCAACAGCAUAAGAAUUUACUCUCGGAGCAUGAACAACUUGUAGUGACUUUGGAAGACCACAAGAGUGCACUAGCUGCUGCACAGACUCAAGUUGCAGAAUAUAAACAACUGAAAGAUACUCUGAAUAAGAUUCCAAGCUUUCGGAGACCAGAUCAAGCAGAGCAGCAGAAUGUUACCCAGCUGGCACAUUCUCCACAAGGUGACAGCGCAGUCCAGGAGAAGCCACCCCGAGAGCCACAAGAGGUGUCUCGAAAUAGUGAUGUGUGGGAGAAGCAUGAAGCAGUUCCUGAAAGAACGGAAGAAAGAAAACCUUAUCCUCCCACCCCGAAGGAGGCAGAAUUUCAGGCUCCAGCAGAGCUGCACCAGCAUGAAGCAGACGCCAGAGAGCCUGAGGAGCACCAGGUGGAAGAGGAGCAUAGAAAGGCCCUGGAAGAGGAGGCCAUGGAGCAGGUUGGCCAAGCAGAGCACUUGGAGGAGGAACAUGACCCCUCACCAGAGGAGCAAGAACGGGAGUGGAGGGAACAGCAUGAACCCAAAGAGGCCAACAUCCUUCUGGAAGCUCAUGCUCACGCUAAGGUUUAUCCUUCAGCCAAGCCCGUCACCAAACGCCUAUCACCAUAUGAGGAGCAGUUGGAACAGCAAAGGCUGGCGGUGAGGCGGGCUGAGGAGGCCCAGCGGCUGAGAGAGCAGCAGGAGGCUCUGCACCAGCAGAGACUGCAGGGACACUUGCUGAGACAGAGGCAGCAGCAGCAGCAGCAGCAGCAGCUUCUCGCCAGAGACAUGUUCCAUCAGAGGCAGGCGGGACACGAGGCAGGGCAGCCCCAGCGUCCUGAGAAGCUACGGCAGCAAGCCCAUUAUGAUGCGAUGGACAAUGAUAUUGUUCAGGGAGCAGAGGACCAGGGCAUCCAAGAAGAGGAAGGCGAGGCCUACGAGCGGGACAGCCGGCGCCAAGAUGAGGUAGAAGAGGAUGCAGAGAAUGCUCGUGAACCUCAAGAGCAAGGACCCCAGGAAACUGACCCUGAAUCGGAGGCAGACAGAGCAGCUGUUGAGGAUAUAAACCCAGCAGAUGACCCUAAUAAUCAAGGCGAAGAUGAAUUUGAGGAAGCUGAGCAAGUGAGAGAAGAAAAUUUACCUGAUGAAAAUGAAGAGCAAAAGCAAAGUAAUCAAAAGCAAGAUAACGCAGACAUGGAGGAGCAUUUGGUGAUGGCAGGAAAUCCAGACCAGCAGGAAGAUAAUGUUGAUGAGCAAUACCAGGAAGAGGGAGAAGAAGAGGUGCAGGAAGAUUUGACUGAAGAGAAAAAAAGGGAAUUAGAGCACAAUGCUGAGGAGACCUAUGGUGACAAUGCUGAUGAUAAAAACAAUGAUGAAGAACAAGAAGUUCGAGAUGACAACCACCCUAAAGGCCGAGAGCCACACUAUGAGGAAGAGGAGGAGGAGGAGGAAGAUGGGGCUGCUGUUGCUGAGAAGUCACAACGAAGAGCUGAAAUGUAGCCGUGACCACUUUUGGACAAUACUCAGCCAAUGGAUUCUUUUCAAGCUGCUCAAAAUCAAUCUGCCUACUGAACUCUAGGAUAUUUAAUUACAAAAAUUAAUAAUGUAGACUUUUUAAACUUUUUUAUUAGAAAUUCUCAUACAUUUAUAUGAAUAUUUUUUGAUAACCUAGGUUUAGCGCUUCUUUUAUAUUCAAUUUAACACGAACAAGAAGGAAAACAAUAAGGGAAACCUUAGACUCAGAAUCUCAUUUUUCGUAGUUUAUAUGAUACUGAAAAGGACAUUGAUUUUUAUAUGUUUCAACUUGUUAUUUUUCAUCUUGUUUCCAGGUAUUCUGUUGUUUGCCUUUGAAAAAGUACAGGAUUUUAAAACAGAAUGUCGUUAAAUGAUGUGUAAACUUUAAGGAGAAUGGCUGGUUUACUAAUUCCUGCCUUUCUGAGGUUCUUGUAUAAAGUUCUAAUGGAAUUUUCACCAGUCACUGUAUCUUUGGAAGAUCUGUGUGCAGAAUAACAUGAUUGAAAAGGCAUUUGUGUAAUAAAAACAUUUUCAAACUUUUUAAGUCAGGUAGGGAGAGGUCUGGCUUUACUUAAAGUCAGCUAUUUUUGAAAGGAAUAAAGUUUAAAGUUAAGAGUACUAAACCUCAUGUGACAGUGUUCUGGACUUAGAUAUUUCAGUAUUCAAAUAAGAUAUGACACAUCAGUGCAUUAACUUUUCUAAAGGAUUGACACCUUGUUUAAUAAUUCCAUGUGUGUGGAUGAUGUUUCUAUUCAGUAUCCAUUCUGAGUACUUGUUCUAGAGUCAUAUCUUUGUUUCAGUUCUCCACAGUAAUGUUUUCUCUGUUAGCUCUGUGCCUCAAUAUGUAAUCAUAUUUUGAUGACAAAUAUAAAAUCUUACCAAACUGUAUAAUUGAUUGGAAUGAUUUUUUGAAAACUACAUGGUCAGAUAUACUUAGUGGUGUGAUAAACCCAUCACUUUCUUUUUCACUUGAUUGGGUUUGCAUAAUGCCUGUGUAUAAGGGAUAUUGAUGAUCACAAAAUUUUUUAAAUCCCUUAAAGGAAUUUAUAAUUAAAAACUUGUCUUGGGAAAGAGACAGUUCAGUCUCAAGCAUAAUGAUAUUUAAAUAUAUAGAAUUAGGUUAUAUAAUUCAUAUUCCAUAGUUUUAUAAUAAUUCUCUCAAUUCAGAAAAACAAACUUCAAUUUCUAUCAUUGUUGUAUGAAUGUAAUUUUAAUUUUUAAAUAACCACACUAGUGUAUGGUUUUAAUUAUCCUAGUUGCAUAAUUGUGUAUGUAUGCAUAUGAAUGUUUUGUUCAAAUGUAUUUUG